GAAGCAGGAAAUAGUAUUAUCGUAGUGUUUUGCAAGCGUCUGCUGUGCACAAAUAGCGUCCGUUGUAAUGAAACAAGUGACGUAGACAGUAUAUAAUAGCUGAAGUCACUAAAAUCACGAGUUACUCUGACGGACUUAGCGGGCUGACACAUAAAGUUUAAGAAUGUCACAACCACAAAUGUACCCAAAUGCACCCCGUCCCCCAACCACAGCAGAUCAGUGUGUGUCCAAAGUGGAACUGCGGAUUGAGUGUCGUAAUCUACUGGACAAGGAUGUAAUGUCGAAAUCAGAUCCAUGUGCGGUACUCUACAUGAGCCGACGAGGAGGCCAUUGGGAUGAGAUUGGAAGAACAGAAAACAUAAAGAACUGCUUGGAUCCCAAGUUCUCCCGAUGCUUUAAAGUGAACUACUAUUUUGAAGAAGUUCAGAAAUGCCGGAUAGCCGUGUACGAUCUUGACAACGCAACACCUGAACUGUCUGAUGACGACUUCCUCGGUCAGUUGGACUGUACCCUGGGUCAGCUGGUCUCCAGCAACCCCUUCACUAAAAACUUGUUGAUGCCCGAUGGUCGAACCAAGGCCGGAAAUGGAGUUAUAACAGUUCGAGCAGAAGAGGUGAAGGAGGGAGGCGAGAUAGCUUACAUGACAUUUAGAGGGAAAAACCUGGACAAGAAGGACUUUUUUGGCAAGUCUGAUCCAUAUUUGGAGAUUCUUCGCUCAACAAUGGACCGUAGUUGGCAGGUGGUCCACAGAACUGAGGUCAUCAAGAACUCUCUCAACCCAAGUUGGCGGCCAUUCCAGGUUCCUCUGUCGACGCUGUGUGCAGGCAACAGAAGUCAGGAGAUUCGUUUGAUAUCUAUGACUGGGACAGCGACGGGAGUCACGACUACAUCGGCUGGCUUCACCACCACCGUGGAUGAGAUGAUGAAAGCCAGUCACCAGGAGUAUUCCUGGCCGGUCAUCAACCCAAAGAAAAAGUCCAAAAAGAAAAAUUAUACCAAUUCAGGAAUAUGUUUGCUAACAUCCAUGAAGAUCAUGAAGGAACACACAUUUUUAGAAUUCAUAUUCGGGGGCAUGCAGAUCAAUUUUACAGUAGGUGUAGAUUUCACAGCCUCCAAUGGUAACCCUGGUAACCCCACAUCGCUGCACUACAUCAACCCCUACCAGCCUAACGAGUACAUGCAGGCAAUACGAGCUGUUGGGGACGUGUGCCAGGAUUAUGAUUCUGACAAGAUGUUCCCUGCCCUUGGGUUUGGAGCCAAGAUUCCCCCAGCAAUGGAAGUCUCUCAUGAGUUUGCUGUCAACUUCGAUAUGCAGAAUCCCUUCUGUCAAGGAAUUGACGGUGUGCUGGGAGCUUACUCCAACUGUAUCCGACACGUCCAGCUGUACGGACCCACCAAUGUGUCGCCCAUCAUCCGACAUGUUGCUAGGUUCGCAUAUGCAGCUCAAAGAGAAGAACAAACAAAAGGGGCACAUGCGUAUUACAUCCUGCUGCUGCUGACCGAUGGCGUCCUGAGUGACAUGAGCUCUACCAAGCAGGCCAUCGUGGAGGCAUCCAAGUUACCAAUGUCACUCAUCAUCGUAGGUGUAGGUGGCGCUGACUUCUCUAUGAUGGAGGAGCUGGAUGGCGAUGAUGGGCUGCUGAGAGCUCCGAGCGGGGAGCCCGUCAAGCGGGACAUCGUGCAGUUUGUGCCAUUCAGGGAGUUCAAGCAGAGUUCGAAGGUAGAGCUUGCCAGACACGUCCUGUUUGAAGUACCUCAACAAGUGACACAGUACUACAAGAUGAGAGGGAUCCGCCCUUCACCACCUGUCGAGAGGCCUGCUGUAGUACCAGCUGAUACAGAACCUUCCAACAAACCAUCAGCUACACCCUCUACUCACAGAGAGUCAGCCCUGCCCCCAAAUCAGAGCAUGCCUGCAACCUACCCUCAAGGUGCUCCUUAUAAUCAAGGACCACCAUCUCAACCAGGACCACCCUAUCAACAAGGUCAGUACCCUUCACAAGGACCACCCCCUCAGCAAGGUCAAUACCCUUCACAAGGACCACCCACACAGCAAGGACCACCCUAUCAACAAGGUCCGUACCCUUCACAAGGACCACCCUCUCAACAAGGAGGGUUGCCCUACCCACAAGCAGGGUACCAGCAAGGACAAUCCUAUCAAGGACAAUACUAUCAAGGACAACAGUACCAGCAAGGACAAAACUACCAAAACUAUCAACAAGGACAGCCCUUCCCACGAGGACCACAACCUCAAGCACAAUCCUACCAACAAGGACCUCCCUAUCCCCAAAGAGCACCUGGGCAGCACCCUUCAAGACCUCCACCACCCGGUUACCAAAGCACAGUAUAGAUCAAAACAGGAAGUGGUAUUUCUGUAGUCAGCACUUACUGAGUUCUCUCCCCUUAUUGACCCAGAAUAAGGCAACAUCAGGACAUGACUGUGGAACCAAGCUGGUUGAUGGCACUGUCUGAAAUAUUCAGCCGACAAAGGAACUCUGCUCCAAGAGUGUUCAUUGUCAAGAAGUAGCAUAGGUAUUUCCUUCCUGAAAUAGGUCUCCAUCUUUAGAAAACAUUGCCAGUAUAUCAACCUGUGCCUCACAACAUCCUUUAUGACUGUCAAUGAACUGCCCCAAAAAGGUUUUCAGUUAUAAACAGUACCAUGAAGGACUCAUCAUUGUUUUGCCACACACAUGGAGAACAACGAGAAAUAUCCCAAGUGUUGCCCUGCGUAGUUCGGACCAGAUCACACACAGACUACAACAAGGACUUUUGUGAUCUUUCCCCCCACUGUUAAAUGACAGUUGUCAGCCUGCUCAAAUCAUCAACAUCAUUUAGUGCUCAAAGAUAUAGACAUCUGUUAUCAUUAUUGAUCACACAUACCUGUGGGGAUUCGAACCCGGUCUUCGGCGCAUGAAUUACAGGUAAACAUGAAUAUAAUAAAUCCCCAAAUUUGAGUGUUUACCUAGCAUCAUAAAGUUAACAUGAGACAUGUGAUGUAACAUCAUCUAACUUCCAUGAAAUCAAAUGUGGAACGUCCAAAUCAUGUAAAUCUUGCAAUGAAUGUAAGAGAGAAUUAUAUGCAACGAAAUGCAAAGAUCUUUAUUUGCAU